CAUUAUGAGGUUAAAUAAAUAACUAUCUCUUAUCGCAUUUUAAUGAAGGCUAGCAAGGGUGUUGAAAACGUGACUUAAAAGUUUUGGCGCAAUUUCUGCAAAAAGCGCUUUUUGGACCUGGCGCGAAAUAUUUUUUGCUAGCGUCUGUGCUUUUUCCCCAAACUUUUGACCUUUUUUAAAUAAACAUUUUUAAAUCGUCAGAAAAUCGGAACAAACUUAUUUAGAUGAUUAUUAAAGACGCCCAAAUAGAACUAUAUAUAAAGGGAGUCAAUUAAUACAUAUGAUCAUCUGUCCACCAUACCUUCUAGAUCUUAAAUUUUGUGACAUCUUCACUUUUUACAAUGGCCGAGUCGAAUCAAUCAAAGUAAGUAAUUCUACUUAAACUAAAAAAAUGUAUUUGUUUGGAAUUAUGUUUAGACUUUUUAAAAAAAAGUUUAAAGGGUUUGUGCAUUUUUUAUAAAAUUUAUACCACUUGGCUGUUAAUUAAGUCGUUUCUUUCUUUUCUUUUUUUUCUCUAUUAAUAUACAUAUCGCAGUAAUCAACGGUACCUCCAAUGAUUGGAUUGUUUAAGCUAGAUAUUACAACUUAAUGAUUAUCACUGUCAAUGUAAAAAAUAUAACGGUAAAACAAUUUACGUUUACUCCCAAUUAUUUUUUAUAGAAAUUUUGUAAAAGAUGAAGAUAUUAAUGAAUAUUCCCCCAUAUUUGACGACUUCACAACGGAUCGGAUUGGUGAUCAAGAAUUCUCGGUUGCCUCCUUUAAUGAAGGAGAUUUUAGCAUGGGUAAGGAGGGCAGAAAGAGAAAGCUAGAAGUGGACUUUUCCUGUGAAGGACAAAGUCAGGCAAAGAAACCGAGAUUGAGCGAGGAGAACCUUAUCCUCUCCACAUUCAGAGAGAAUUUUCCGGAAAAAUUCCAAAAAUUCGAGCUGAAGAUGAUAACCUCUUCUGAAUCCUCUUUUUCGAAACCCUCUGAUGAGACUCCAAACUCCCAACCCUCUGAUGAAACUCCAAACUCCCAACCAACAGAGGAAAUCUCAAAUAACUCGACCAUCUCAACCCCCAAACCCACAGAUGAGGAUUCAGCAAAUCAGGAGAUUGAUCAGUACUCCCCCCAGUCUCCUGAAUUAUUUAUUCCAGCUCCAACAACGCAAUAUGUAUUGCAAUCGGAGCUUUUAACAUUAGCUGAAUUGGUCGACUCCAUGAGAGUCGACCUUUUACAAACAUCCACUUUAGUUAGUUAUAUACAGGACUAUGCAAGCAGAUUGGAUUUUAGAAAACAGUAA